AUGGGCGACGACAACUCACGCGAGCUGUCCCGGCUAUGGCGCGUUCUUCGCACGACAAAGCAGAUGUGUGUCGACCGAGGCUAUGAACUCACCGAAGAAGAGUGCAAUAUCUCUCUAGACGAGUUCCGUCAACAGUACGCCGACGACUCGGGCUUCCCGCAGCGCACCAAAAUGGCUUUCACAGCACGUCCUUCCGCAGCAAUGCAGGCGAAAUACACACCACUCGCGCGUCCCGGUCAGCCCGAACCAGAGCCACAGAUUGGAACAAUACACGUCGAGUUCUCCAAYGAGCCUAACAUCGGCAUCAAGCACAUCAAGAACUUCGCACAACUGCUCAACGAGAAGAACUACUAUACUGGCAUCUUUGUCACGCAGGUCGCACCAACUUCAGCAGCAUUGAAGAUCAUCCCGUCCGUGUUGCCGACCAUUAUGGAAAUCUUUCGCGAGGAGGAUCUGCUCGUGAACAUUAGCAAGCAUGACUUGGUGCCUAAGCACAUUCUGCUAAGCCAGGAGGAGAAACGUGGCCUGUUGGAGAGAUAUCGACUCAAGGAAACACAAUUACCACGGAUUCGGGUGGAUGACCCCAUGGCGAAGUAUUUGGGAUUGAGAAGGGCUCAGGUUGUGAAAAUCAUCCGGAAAUCCGAGACUGCAGGAAGAUACGCAAGUUACCGAUGGGCUAUAUGA